CUUUCAUUCAUUCAUUCAUUCGUUCAUUCAUUCAUUCAUUCAUUCGUUCCUUACUCCUUUCAUCUACUCCUGUUUCUAUCUCUCCACUCUACUCCACUUCUUUUCAUUAUUUUGUUUAUUUCUCGUUAUUAACAGGAAGUACAUGAUGGAGUUCAGCUCUUUCCUUCCGUCUUUUCCGCCGUCAAGAUCCAAUUCAAGGCGAGUCUCUUCUAUGAGUGCCUCUUCGCCUGUUAGCAAUAGUCCUGUACCAAGUCCGGAGCCUGCUGUCGCACCUAUGCCGCACCUCAGCGCUAGCCGGGUUCUGUUCGAAGAGGGCCUUUAUAGCGAUGUCACGGCCAUUCUACAGGUCCCAGGAUCACUCAAAAGGACACUGAGCCUUCACUCACGUAUCCUCAGCAAAGAGAGCGAUUUCUUUGCGUCGCUCUUCGCAGGAAAGAAGGAUCUAAAUGAAAAGACCAUUACUUUAUUGGAUGACCGAGACAGCAAUGAUUCCCAGGUUAUAGAGAUUCAAUGUGUUGAUGCAUUAGAGCUUUAUGCGAUUGAGGCUUCACUGCGGCUAUUAUAUACCGGUAACUGGUGCUCCGAUCGUGAUCUCCAGAUAAGCUCAUUAAAUGCUCGCAUUAGGCGUGGCAUGGAUGUUAUGAAGCAAGCAGCAAGGUUCGGUCUCAAAGGAACUACCACUGCUUUGCUUCAAGAGGAGAUCACUCAAAUGUGCCAGACUCAGCCGGAGCUAAUGGAAAAGCUUAGCAGAUCAUUGAGAGCAGAAGACCGUGAGGACGACCAGGCGAUCCUAAAGUUUGAGAAGGAUGCAUUACAGCAGAUGUGCAGAGUCGCAGUAACUAAGGUUGAGAUCAGGGAUCACUGCGAAAUAGCCAUUGCACGGAAUUUGUAUGGACCUAAGAAAUUUCGCGACUUUUGCUCUAAGGCUACAGUUCAGUUAUCGGAACUCAGACCUGGGUACAUUUUUCCACCUGGAGGACAGGAAUCUAUUUAUUUAUUGAAAGGUGCACCUUCCUUGCCUCUGCAUCCAUGCAGAGCCUCCAAUGUCGAGGCCUUGCGUCAAGUCGUUGAUUAUUAUACUGCCUAUAAUUCACAGCGACCCUUGCGAAAACGCGAGUACUAUGUAAUUCCUAAUGAUGAUGGCCCAAGUGAGGUAGCCGCCCGAGACCCAAACAUUCCUACAUUUUACAGGAUUGCAUUCACAACAGGAUAUCAUUGGCUCAUGGAUCAGGUGAUCAAGGUUUGUGCGCCAUUUGAGCUGAUCAUUUUAUUGCUCAAGGACGCUGUGGAUGAGAACUCAGACUCUCGCAAUAAUGUAUAUUUUGGAGAGUUCGCAACGAACAGUGAUGGCGAUGUCUACUUGCAAGGGGUCAAUUAUAUAGCGGAUGGACUUUUACAUGCCUUCCAGGACCCUACACUGGAAUCGUUCCGCAACCCUGGCGCUUCAGGAUCUCUAUUGAACAUGAUCUCAUAUGGUGUUACCUCAUUAACAGAUCUUCCACCACUCCGGGAAAAACCGAAGAGUAAGAGUAAGAGUAAGAGUAAAGAUGCUGGGGUUGCACAACACCAGGAGUAUCCCGCGCUGUCGACAUUAGUUAUGGAGUUUUUAUGGCAAGUCCUACAGCUAGCAUUAAAGAGACCACACCACCUGGAAUUUGUACAACUGUUACUGGAUUCGAUCACAAAGGUUGCACCCUUAGCACCGUUCGAGGUGGUGGACCGUAUUGAAGAGCGUCUUGCAGAACUACUGGAGGAAACCCGCAAGAAGAUCGUGGAGCAACGUGGGGAUACCGAAGCUGCAGAUGAAGAAGGCGCAGACGAUGAUGAAAAGAUCAACGAUAAAGACGAGAGUGAUAACGCAGAUGCAUUAGAGGAUGAAAAGGAACAAGCUAAUACUCCUAUCAGACCGCGGACUAUUCCUAAUAACGGUACUCAUAGUGAGAUAUCUGCUGGGAGAAUGGAUGAUUUUGAUGACCGCACAUCGAUGGUCAGCAGUGUUUUGUUAACUUCAGAAGUUUCUCAUGUCACAAGAACCGCCCCUAUCUUCAGCACGAAAGAGGAUGAUGCGUCAUCUUUGCAUCCGGAGGAAGAAGAGGGAAUAGAGCCUGGGGCAGAGGUUGAGGUUGAGGUCGAAGCGCCAUGGAUGAGGCCUGAGUAUCUAGAGCCUCUCUGCUUGCGGCUGCUCACAAAGUUCCCCAUGAACAUCCAAUCUUCUUUGCUCUGGGCGAUUCACGAUUUGCAGCUGCUGUGAUCCCUUGAUAUACCC